AUGCCCCCACGCAAGAAACAAAAGACUAACUCCGGUGAUGCGCUUGCCGUAGCAUCGACCAACGUCGUUGUGCCGACCGCGCCUCGUCGCAUGACCAGGGCAGCAACCAAGGCCGCCACCGGCAACACUACCCAAGCAGCAGCAGCCGUCGACGGAGAGAACAUGUCUCUUGCCGCUACUAGUAGACCAAAAGCGACUACGGCCGGUCCAGAUACUUCCAAGCGAAUCGUUCGCAAGGGUCGCCUACAAGCUCUUCCGGACUUGCCCCUGGAGAUCCAGUGCGAAAUCUACAAACAACUCGAUUUGGAGGAUUUGCACAACUUAUUGCGGACUUGCAAGAAGUUCAACGAGUUCUUUCUGGACAGGGACAACGAGCUGCAGCUGUGGGUGCCGGCACGGGCGAACACGCCCGGCAUCCCUGAUCGGCCCCCGUGGAUGAGCGAGCCCGCGUUCGUUCACCUUCUGUAUGCACCUAACUGCCAUAACUGCGGAGCGUCGAACAUUCGCAAGAUCAUAUUUGGCUGUUUCAUUCGACUCUGCGCAUCCUGCAUCAUGGAUAGGACUGUCAACUAUGAUGAGGCUCGGGUUGAAGCGGCCAAGAUCGACGACGGCUGGGCUUUGCAGAACUUGUUCUUCUCGAGAUCCUAUACCGCAAUUUUCCAUGUACAGCGGCGUUCUGUCGCCCGCUAUAGUGAUCCGAAAUUCAAUCGCAUACUGAAGGAUGAUGUGGUCCGCGUCUUCGAGCGAUACAUGGCGCUCCCCGGUCCCCUAGGGCGCUAUUCGCAAGACUUUUACUUGCAAAUGAAAGCAGAGACGACUGCCCGUCUGCCGUAUGCCAACGCUAUUCAGGACUGGCUGGAAGAUCAUGAGGAGGAGAGGAAAGCUCACUUGGGAGACGCUAGGAAGCAGCGAUUCGACGGCAUUCUCGCUAGAUUGCGAGACUCCGACUGGAAGAUUGAAUUGGACUUCUUGGGCGAUGAGGGCAUCGAGACCUUGUCGAAUAUGCCCGUCGUCCGCCAGUCGACUAAACUAACUGAAGGAUCGUGGCAGAAAGUGCUCGCAGCCCUUGACGGCUUCCUGAACGAGACGAGGGAGAAACGGCUCGACAAGGAACUCCGCGCAGCGCUCACCGCGCGCUUCGAGUUGCUCGAGGAGGCUAUCCGGGCGCACUACGUGACGCUCCCGCGGACCGCCAAGAUGGACUGUCGUCCACGAUGCAUUGACUUCGCCUUCAGGCCGGAAUGUCGCGCGAUCUUGGACGUGCCUACGUCCGAAACGGUCACUCUCGACCAAUUUACCACGGUCAUCCCUACGCUCGCGGAGAAAUGGGAUGCGGACCGCCGCAAAGAGCUCCUAAAGUACAUACGUCCGCACCUCGGCAAAGUCGCCCCCGAUGUCGACCCGCUGUCCCUUGCAAUCGCCGUAUUCAGACUCAAGAACCUGGAUAAGUCGUGCUACGUCGACAUAGGGCGGAUGCAUUACCCCACCAUCUUCACACACGACUGUUCAUUCUCCAACUGCUUCCGCGGCGCGAAGCUGAAGAACGCGGAGGCCUUUCGGCAAGAGGAGACCUACACCCGGACGGUCCAGUCCUUGGAGUGGGGUUCGUAUGAGCACGGCAAGCUCGUGGAGAGGCCGGACGACGCGGUUUACCUCGAUGGCCCCUUCCAUCUGAACGAGCUAGCAGGCCGUUCUGAAGCCGCAUGUGCGGUGCAGUGCAUGCGCCGGAUUGUGUCUGCGCUCGGACUGGAUCCGGAGCGGGCGACGUUUGACGACUUGGAGCGAAGCGACGUGUGGUUGCGUUGUGUCACUUGCGAGAAGGCCCGCCCAAAGAGCGCCAUCUGGGCAAUGUCGUGGAUGCGCGCAUACACUCACGACGAGGAUCAUCGUACGGGACAGGCAGGCAAGAGUGUCGUUCCCAAGUGGCGACGUGUCUCCGACAAGGACAUGGGGAAAGUGCGCACUCUCCGAGUGCUUGAAUCUUAUCAUGCGACCGACUUCUACGAUCGGGCGCUGUGGUCGUGCUCGCUUUGCCCGGCCUUUGACGCGAAGGGCGCCACUAUGGCAAAACAUCUCCAGGAAAGCCACGGGGUUUCGGACAUCGCGCAGGCGGACAAGGACGGGGUGAUCUACCUCCAUCCGAACAUGAACAAGUCCCGCCGGUAUAAGGAGACUGUUAAACUGCGUGCCUAG